CCGAACAGAAACAGAUUGCAAUAAGCAAUAAACCACUGAAGACUAGAAUUAUCAUCAUCGACAAAAUUGGGUAAACUGCCGAAUAAUUGAAGGAGAGCCAUGGCCAAAGAGCUUAUUUCUCUCCAAUAUCUCCGACCACCACCACUUCACUUCUCUCGUCGAUUCCUUAGCCUCUCUUCUCCUUCUUCAACUCUCAAUCUCCGCCGUAAACCACCGCAAAACCCAAUCUUUAUCCGAACCACCUCUCACCGAAACAAAACUUCCCACGACGACGGCGGAAUCCCAGCCGACGAGGUCAAAACCAUCGCCAAAUUCAAAUCCCGCCACAACUACAUCAGAGUCAUCGAAGUUUCACGAAAGACCAAUCACCCACUCGCCGGUUCUCGUCUCCUCCUCCUCGACAACCCCGGUAACAUCCACAGCAUCUCUUUCCUUCUCAAAACCUUAACCGAUAGUUACUUCGACGUUUUCGCUACUCUGCCUCCGAUCAUACCUCCAGGACCCAUCGGUAUUCUCGGGUUCGGAGCUGGUUCAACUGCUCGAUUGAUUCUCGAGCUUUACCCUCCUGAGUUCACCGUCCAUGGAUGGGAGCUUGACCCUUCUGUG